GAAGGCUUGCGUGAAGUUGGGGGGAGUGGCAGAGCCAAAGUGAGAGCAGUGGUAGUAGAUAUUAGAUAAACAUGUUGAUAACGGUCGCAGAAGCUUCUUCUGCUUCUUCCCUUUGCUUCCGCCUCUCUACCGUCUCCUCUCAACCCAAGGCCUCUCCAAGAUUCAAAACAUCAAUCUGCCGAGCCAGCUAUUCUCUUCAGAGAAAACCCAACAGUUCCAAGUCAUGGAACCUCGGUCUUCUUUCCCACAGCUGUGGGGGCUCUGUUUUUGAUCCCUUGGGUAUCGACUCAGAUGUAUCUUCUGGUCUAAAUGCUGUCUGGGAUAGUUUCUUAUGUUUGUUUUCUCAAACAUUUGAGAGUACCUCUAGUACAAAAAAGGAGAAACCUACCUCUGCUCGAGGAGUGGCAGCAAUAGAGGACAGUUCCAUUGAUUUUGGGGACUUCUUCAAAGGGCCAUUACCAGGAAAGUUUCUUAAGCUCUUGGGUUUUCUGGCCUUAUCCCGGCUUGGAAUAUAUAUACCUCUUGGCGGGGUAAAUAGGGACGCUUUUCUAGGAAAUUUGGACCAGAACAGUUUAUUAAGCACUUUGGACUCAUUUUCUGGUGGUGGAAUUGGUAGAAUUGGAAUAUGCUCUCUUGGUAUUGUUCCCUUCAUCAAUGCACAAAUUGUGUUUCAGCUGCUUGCGCAAGUAUAUCCCAAGUUGCAAGAUCUUCAGAAAAGAGAAGGAGAAGCGGGAAGAAAGAAAAUUCUUCAGUAUACUCGAUAUGCUUCGGUUGGGUUUGCCAUUGUACAGGCAAUUGGUCAAGUACUCUAUCUUCGCCCCUACGUCAAUGACUUCAGUACACAAUGGGUUCUUACUUCUGUUACCUUAUUGACACUUGGCUCAGUAUUCACAACAUACAUUGGAGAACGAAUCUCAGACCUGAAACUUGGAAAUGGAACAUCUCUCUUGAUAUUCACAAGUAUUAUCUCCUACUUACCAGCAUCUUUUGGUAGGACUGUUUCCCAGGCAUUUCAGGAUGGUAACUAUGUUGGUCUCAUUGCCAUCGUUGUCUCCUUCUUUUUAUUGGUCCUCAGUAUCGUAUACGUUCAGGAAGCUGAGAGAAAAAUCCCACUUAACUAUGCUUCAAGAUAUACCGGCAAAAGUGGAGGGCUUCAAAAAUCUGCUUACCUGCCCUUUAAGGUGAAUAGCUCUGGAGUGAUGCCAAUCAUAUUUUCUACAUCAUCAUUAGCUCUUCCCGGUACUCUAGCCCGCUUUACUGGUUUAACUGGGCUGAAGAAUGCUGCGGUGGCUUUAAAUCCAGGGGGUUCUCUUUACCUCCCCACGAACAUCCUUUUGAUAGCUUUCUUCAACUACUAUUAUACUUUCCUGCAAUUGGACCCUGAUGAUGUCAGUGAACAGUUAAAGCGUCAAGGUGCAUCAGUUCCACUUGUUCGACCGGGUAAAAGUACAGCUGCAUUUAUUAAAAUGGUUCUUAGUCGCAUAUCUGUUCUUGGUUCGGCCUUUUUGGCGAUCUUGGCUGGUGGUCCUGCCUUGAUUGAACAAACCACACACCUAACUGCAUUUCGGGGAUUUGCUGGCACCUCUGUUCUCAUUCUUGUUGGCUGUGCAACAGACACUGCAAGAAAAGUUCAAGCUGAAAUAAUAUCCCAGAAGUACAAGAACAUAGAGUUUUAUGACAUUGAAAGGUAAAGGCAGAAAGGAUAGUUCUCCAAAGAACUUAUCACGUUAGAUUUCUGUUGAUGGAAUGGCGAUACUUAGCACGUUAGAUUUCUUUCUGCAGCCUCCGUAUCAUAUAUUUUCUGAUACACCUAUUGAUUUAGGUUUGUACAUAGUGCUGCAGAAGUGGCCAUUGCGUUAUAUACCUUUUAUAUGCGACGUUUUUGCAGUUGUAUUUUGUAUGUAGGCAGCAGCAAACAGCGUUAGAUUCUUUCAACCCUAUUGAAGUUAA